GAGCUCAACCCUCAAGCCAAGCCAUCUGCUUCCUCUGUCGUCUCUAACCCUCACUUUCUCUCUCUCCCUCUAGUUUCUCUGCGAGUCCGUACUAUUUUUCUUUGGACCAUAUUGCCCCUGUGCUAUACCAAUUAUUACCUACGUUCUUUGUAUAGUUUACAGGCUUUUUUUUCUUUUCUUGCUUUUUUAUUUCUUUAUUAUUUUGGUUUUUGUGGGUUUGUUUUUUUUUGUGUAAUUGAGUGUGUGGUUCUUGUGUUUCUUGCAAAAACCCUAAGCUGUACUGGGGCUAGUUUUGCAGAGUUGUGAUUAUGCGGAAGGAGUAGCAGAGGUUCGUGAUCUGAGGUAAGAGAAUUUUUAGGGUCUCCCCCGUUGGGAUUUUUAUCAGGAUCGUCUCCACUUUCAGUGUCUUUGACGGGUGCUUCCUUGGUUAUGAAUUGGGCUACGGCUUCCAUUUUUGAAUUAUUGUAAAAUUAAGGUAGAGACGAUGAUUCUUACCAAGACGUAUCGUUGCAUACACUCAGCAAGCUGCCAAUGUACAAAAGGGCAUCUGAGUGAAGAAGCGAUCUACAUAGUAUUUGAUAGGUUGAAUUGGAAUCCUAAGUUGAUUGCUACUCUAUCCUGUGUUUGUAAGUGGUUUGAUGAUCUUGCAAAGCGGGUGUUAUGGAAGCAAUUUUGCCACACAAGAGCGCCAAAGAUGAUGAAUGAUCUGCAAUCUGGUGGGAGUCACAAUGUAGAUGGAAACUGGAGGGCGCUAGCGAAACUACUUAUUUACUGUUCAGGGUGUCAAAGAGGCGGUCUAUUUAACAACAUUCAAAUUCCUGGUCACUUUGUUCAUAAGACCCGAUUUUCCAAGACAUCAGGGAAGAGCUUUCUAUUGCCACAAUGCAGAACAGAUGAAUUGUAUGUUUCUGAUCCUUGUGAACAUCUUAACCAAGGGGAGGAUGGGGAUUUGGGUUUUUUCCGUGGAGUUUUCAAGGCGUUCUCAAUGUCAAAGGUUCGAAAGAUGCUGAUAAAGAGGAUGGCUGAGUUUCAUCCAACAGAGGUGUGCCCUUAUUGUAAGGCAAAGUUGUGGAACAUGCUGCAAGCUAAAAUGAUUUCACAGCGUGCCAGCACCAGGUUGGGUGCUUACGAGGAUUGCAUUGAGUAUUAUGUUUGCCUCAAUGGGCACAUGCUCGGCAUAUGCACUCUUUUGCCUUUGUCUGAUUCAGAAGAGACAUCUGAUGUAUCUGAGGUGGAGUGAGGGAGAGGAUGCAAAGAAGAUUUUAUCUCAUUUGGUUCGUAAGUUGGAUUGUCAGAUGUGCCGUUGGAAUCGAUAACUUCUGUCCAGCGGAUGUUGAAAUUUAACCUUUAAAAUUUGAUCCAAAACUACAAGCUCGCAGUCAUGUCAUGUCCAUAUUUUUAAUUGGGGUUGAAGCUGUUGCUGACGAUUAUGUUUGGGUUAUCCCAUACACGGGAAAAGGUUGUAACCAAGAAUUAUGUGAUCUCGUAUACAGUAUGUAUGGCAUAUAUGUGUGUCAAAUUAAUUUGUGCAAUAAUAUAUAUAUAUAUAUA